AUGUCGUCGUCGUCGCGCUCCUCCUCGGAUGCGGCCUCGAGCUCGGACGAGGGAGCGCCAUGGAACGCCACCGACGACGAGAGGCAGGAGUCCGACCCCGCGUCGGCGGAGCCGCCGUACUUCGACGUGGAGGAGCUGAACGAGGAGGAGCAGAACCUGCUGGUGUUCAUGUGUUUCUGCUCCUACCUCGACUGGCAGGAUCGCUUCCUGGACGCGUACAAGGAGGUGCUGGUCAACCGAGGGGUUGAGACAAGGUCGACGGCUCCCUCCGAGAGCUACGCGCUCUACACAUCGCUGCGGGAGACGGUCCUGCGCCAGCGCGGCCUUUUGAAGGGGGAGGGGGAUAGCGCCGACGACGGCCUCAUGAGCGACGACGAAUCGGUCGCAGAGGAGUCAUCGAUAUUCAGGACCUUGGCGAGGACCUACCGGCUGGAGCUCUACUUGAAGCUCAUCAUGAUCAUAUUCCUGCUCAAGCUACCCUCAGUGUGCUAUGUGGUGGUCACAGCGUUGUACGCGCUCUACAUUUUCAUAAGGAUCAGGUUCGCCAGCGUGUUCGAGUGGCCCAUCUUCAACGGGCAGCUACAGACGCGGAUCAGGGAGGUCACUGGGCGCAUUUAUCGCACUACUCGUCGCUUCGUGCCCUUCCUCAAUCGCACAGCACCCCCUCCAACAGCUACCGCUGCCAACGCCAACGCCACUACAAACGCCAACGCCACUACAAACACCGCCGCCGACACACCACCGGCCGCACGCAGCAACGACGAUGCCGUGACGCCGGCGCCACAGCCUGCGAGCGCGGAACCUGCGCCCACGGAGGGACGCAGCACGACCACGCGCCGACGGGCACCAGGGUAUAUCACCAAGGUGCUGUACCAGUUGGUGGCGGCCUACGUGUUGAGCCUGUUUCCCUGGUGGGAACCCAACCCGUGGUACCUCCAGGAGAAUAGUUAG